AUGAGACUGAAACUUCAGGAAACGCUUGACGCUUUGCGCGACAGCAUGAAGUCUGGUCCGAAGGAGGGGCCCAAGAUCCCGUUAACGAGCGCAUCUGAAGUACACAGCAAAUCGAAGCGUGCCCGGAAUUCCUUGUCCCCAGCAACCACGGAGACGGACCACGUUGACGAAGGAUUGCCAGAAACGCCGCUGGUAUCGUCCAUACAGUCGAGCAGGCAAGCCACUAUGGAGCGGCCACGGGAGAUGGCAAAUCCCGACGGUAGUCCACCCGAGGAAACAAUAGAAGUCGACGAUUCGGAUGACUCGCAAGACGCAUCAGCGGAAGAAGAAGGAAGCGACGGGAACUCGGCGGACCCGUCCCAGAUGCGGCGGCUAGCCACCGAGCACAAAUCUUCGCAUAAACUGUACUCGAACAAAACGUCGCGGUCGGUGCCUGAGAUUGCGAUUUCGGAUCGGGAGGUUGUGGAGAAAGAGACGGAGAUGGGAAUACUGGGUAGUAACGAGGGGAAAGAUUCAGUCGCGGAGUUAGGAAAUAUUUUACAGAGACGGGAGAGUGGGAUCGCUGCUGUGGGUACAGGUGGGAUGAACGGAGGUGUUGCUGGCCCCGUCGUGCCCUGGAAAGGGGCGACACCCGGGACAGAAGCCAACCCGGCGCCCCUGCGCCAGAGACGAUCGUCGGCUGGACUGUUCUUCAAACCUGGGUUCUCAAAGACCGAGGCAUGGCAAGGUCUGGGUGAAGCUCCAGGCGAAACUCCUAGGGGGGACGGGACGACGACAGGGAACAAACGACAUUCUGACUCGGAGAAAGCACGGAGUCCUUUGAGUGCGAGCGAUGAACAUCUGGACGACCGUUCACCCCGCCCGAGCACCACGCAUAACCUGUCGCCUCCUAGCGAACAACGGAGCGGUGAGGAAGAGCAACAGCCACGGCAGAGCAAAGCGGCUUCCGAUCGGCCGUACUCGUUUAUGCCGGGCUCAGAUGCAUCAUUUCAGAUGCCCUCGAUGAUGCAAAUAGACUUGGAUGAUUUUCCAGAGACGACGACUAAGGACGCAGCCUCGCGGCGGCCGGAAGAGCGAAGCUUGCCUAUAAGGCUAUCCCGGUCACUACGGGUGUCUGUUGCGCGGAAAUCGGUCACGGGCGCGAGUAGCUAUGGCGCCAGCAACGUGGGUUCGCAGGACUCAUUAUCGCUCAACAAGUCGUACAGCACAUUAUCGGUACAGUCGGGCCCCAGGCAUUCUUCCGUAGCUUCUCUCCUGGCUAGGCGACAGGACGUGCCAUCAAUAGGGCACUUUGUGGUCAAAGCCCAGCAGCGACAAGCUUUGGAAAAGACCGUGAAUGAAGAGCUACUGGCUUCUUUAGGUGUACGUGAUGAGGAGAGCUGGACAAUCGAGUCGACGGGAGUAGUUCAGCCACAUGUUGACCUGCGGCCCAAGUUCCUUUCGAGCCACUCUAUGUUGACGACGGAGAACAUCAAUGGAAAACUUACGGUCGUAUCCGGUAGACUACCGGAUCUCGUACAGGUUCUGGCUUCAGAGGGCACGACCGACGCUGAGUACAUUGUCGAUUUCCUGACGACGUACCGCUAUUUCGCCGACCCUGUAGACGUCGCCCGUCUGCUCAUCAUGCGAUAUGUGACGGUGGGAGGGGAUCCGCCGAUAAGCGCGGAGUCGGAAACGGAAGCAGAGGAAGAAGGAACGAAUGUUUCUGAAAGUCUAGCAGAUUUCCUAUCCUACUUGAAGAAGGCGGACCCUGUCAAAAAGUCUACCGAGACCAACCCGCGGAAACUGUCAAAAAGUGGAUCGUCAUCAUCAGAAGACUGGGGCAGACUGCUGCAACUCAAGAUUCUGAACGUAUUCAAGAAAUGGAUCGACCUAUACCCUCUCGAUUUCGACCAAACCAGAGAACUGUACUUGUUGACAGUCCUCUUUCUGCAAAAGCAUGUGGAGACACAGCCGACACGAAGUGUGUUUGCAAGCUCAAUGCUGCAAAAUCUUCACGAAAAACUGGAUGCUUACAGAGCGCAUGAGCCGAUGCCACUUAGCCCUUCGCAGUUGCUUGUACCGGCAUACCAAGCGGCAAUAUCGCCGGUGUUGCCGUCACCUGGGAGAGCAUUGACGCAUGGGGUCAGCGAGCCCAGUCUUGCGAGUCUGAGUGUCCGACGCGGCUCAGUGGAGGGCUCGACGGGGACAUCGCUUGGAGACUUUGUUACGGCGCGUACUAGUCGAUUACCGGGUGGGGCGCCUACGCUGGGGAGGGCAUCAUCUUCGUUGACGCUUGAUACCACCAUUCGAUCGAAACGGAGAAGCUCGAACGCUGCUCAUGGCAUUUCGAGCCCGCCGGCAGAUGGACCUCUUACUCCGUCGCUUGGCAUUGCGAUUUCCCUCGAUACCUUUUCCCCGAAAUCCGCGUCUCACGCUCGAGCCUCUACCUCCCCAGCGAAUUUGGAAGCUAGUCAGGUGUCGAUGCCUAAUAUCAGUGACACCUAUCAUGUACGGCACGCCGGUCUCGAAUCUCCCGGUCCGGGGACGACGACCGAUUUGAGCGCCGAUGCGCUGGCGCAGCAGCUGACCUUGAUGGAACACGGAUAUUUCUCGAGGAUACAAAUGUCGGAGUUGUUUUUUCAGUCAUGGAACGACAAACAAAUGAAGCAUGUGCUGGCGCCCAACCUCAUUGCCCUUAUUACGUGGUUCAACCGGAUAGCCUACGGGGUAGCAACACAGGUCGUUAGCCAGCCUCUUCUGCGGUCUCGGGUGACAUGCAUAAAGCGUUUCAUCUAUAUUGCGCAAUUGUGCUUUUCCUGGGGCAAUUUCAAUACGCUUUUUGAGGUAGUGGCAGGGCUUAAUCUGGGGCCUGUUACGAGACUGAAACGAACGUGGAAGGCACUGCCCAAGAAAUACUGGGAUGUUUGGAAUCAACUGAAUCUCAUCGUUUCGAAUGAAAACUCCUACAAAACGUACCGAGCAGCGCUUCGAUCGCUCCAAACCACCUCCCACCCGAUACUGCCCUACCUUGGGGUAAACCUCUCGGAUCUCACCUUUGCAGAAGAUGGAAACCCUUCCUUUCUAUCAACGCCGUCUUCCGCGAUCGCGGGAGGAAAGACCAGCGCGCCCGUCAUAAACUUCACAAAGUUCCAGCUCAUAUCGUCCCUUAUUCGGUCGAUAGUGGGCCUGCAAGCACGAGGAUCUUACGCCUUUCCACCUGACAUGAAACUGCAGGCCUUCUUGAUACAAGAGUGGCCGGUGUUGGAUGACGCUGAGUUAUACGAGUAUUCCAAAGUUGCUGAGCCGAAACAGUUAGGAUAG